AUGUACAGCUACAAUAACAUCAUUGACAAGGGUGAGCCAAUAAACAAGGAGCUAAUUGAUGUAGUCCCUAUAAGUCCUAUGCCAAUUGGCGCGGUCACGCAAAGUCGUGUAGAUGAUAGUGUGGAUGUUGUUCUCGUAGAGAAUUUUCUUUCGAACGAAGAGUGUGAUGAGAUCAUUUCUGCCUGUGAAGAAGUGGGUUACACAUUCUGGCAACAGAAAGAUGCAAACGCACAUGACGCUAUGGAUGAAUGCAGUUGUAAUCAAGAGAGUCGUGCGUUUCGCGUCGUUGAUACAAUUGAGGCAAGUUUCCCGAAACUUUCACAGGCAUUAUCUACCCGUAUUCAGAAAGUAGUUGAACUAGAACCAAAGAUCUUCAGUUCAUCAAUGGAAAACGCAGAAGAAUUGUUUGCACGUGACCUAGAGGGGAAAUGGGUGCCAGUAGAAUUGGCGUCUAACUUAUUGUUUGGUAGGUAUGGACCAGGAGGUCACUUCUCUCCUCAUGUUGACGGCUCCACCAUUGUCGAUCUUAAUACACGGUCUCUUUAUACACUGCUUAUCUACCUUAAUGACUGCAAAAUUGGGGGAGAAACGAUGAUAUUUACUGGUGAACAAGCGAAUGUUCUUGAACGUGAUAUUGAAAGUGGUAAGUUUGUUGGUAAGCAAGAAAAUCGUGUGGGUGCUGUAAGGCCAAUGAAAGGUUCUGCUGUGUUUUUUUACUGUGAUGUAUUACAUGAGGCAUCACCUGUUGGGGAUGGUUGUUGCAAGUACAUUUUGCGCGGUGAUUUUUUGUACCGACGUGACCCACCUAUUCUUACAGAGGAAAGGGAUCAACAAGCGUUUGAGCUCUAUGAAAAGGCACGUGUAGCAGAGAGCAACGGUAAUGCUAUGUUGGCCUGUGAGAUGUUUCAAAAAGUGCGUAAAUUGUCCAAAGGCGUGGCAGAACUUUAUCAAUUAUAA